UUUUUGUAUCUGUCCAGUUCUGCCUAUGAUCGGGACAACAAGAUACGUGUGGCCAUAAAGAAGAUCAGCCCUUUUGAGCACCAGACGUACUGCCAACGCACUUUGAGAGAGAUCAAAAUCCUUCUACGCUUCAAACAUGAGAACAUUAUUGGAAUCAAUGACAUUAUCCGCACACCAACCAUUGACCAGAUGAAGGAUGUUUACAUUGUACAGGAUCUCAUGGAGACAGACCUGUACAAGCUUCUGAAGACUCAACACCUGAGCAACGACCACAUCUGCUACUUCUAUCAGAUCCUACGAGGGCUCAAGUAUAUCCACUCUGCCAAUGUCCUGCAUCGUGACCUGAAGCCUUCCAACCUUCUGCUCAACACCACCUGUGAUCUCAAGAUCUGUGAUUUUGGUUUGGCUCGUGUGGCUGAUCCCGACCACGAUCACACUGGAUUCCUGACGGAGUAUGUAGCCACCCGUUGGUACAGAGCACCAGAGAUCAUGCUCAACUCCAAGGGCUACACCAAGUCCAUAGACAUCUGGUCAGUGGGGUGCAUCUUGGCAGAGAUGUUGUACCGGCCAAUUUUUCCUGGGAAGCAUUACUUGGAUCAGCUUAACCACAUUCUGGGGAUCCUGGGUUCCCCCUCACAGGAAGACCUCAACUGUAUCAUCAAUAUCAAAGCCAGGAACUCUUUGUCGCUGCCUUACCGCGGCAAGGUGCCGUGGAACCGCCUGUUUCCCAAUGCUGAUCCCAAAGCUCUUGACCUGUUGGACAAGAUGCUCACCUUUAACCCUCACAAGAGGAUUGAAGUGGAGGAGGCCCUAGCACACCCAUACCUGGAGCAAUACUACGACCCGACAGAUGAGCCUGUUGCUGAGGCCCCAUUCAAGUUUGACAUGGAGCUGGAUGACCUUCCCAAAGAGACACUGAAGGAGCUCAUCUUUGAAGAAACUGCACGUUUCCAGACCACCUUUAGGUCCUAACGUUUGACACAGAUGAUUCUGUGGACUGGCUUCAGCGUUGCCACCGCUCCUCCCCACCUCCACACUGUUGCUGCGACUUUUGUUUUCAUUGUUCCACUCCUGUUGUCCACAUCUCCUGGAUUCCUUAGGUCUCACUCGUCAAGUCCACUUUGCUCAGGAAUGGCGUCAGGAAUCAAUCAGUCUCUCGCUCUCUCUCUUUCUCGCUCUCUCUCUCUCUCUCACCUUGAAUUGAGGGGGAGGUGGGUGACAUCACAGCUUACAGUUUGGGGUGAUUUUAGCCAAGAUGAACAAAAUUAUGUGUCUCUAAGGCUUUGGCUCUGGCUGCUCCUCUUCAGGACCUUUUUGUCUUGUCCGAUAGUUUAGCUGUGGUGUUCAUCGGCGCGGCUGUCGUCGUCGUAAACCUGCCGAUGCUGCCCUGCCAGAUUACGUCUGAGUGAGCAGGUUCUAAGAAUUAUUCAUCAAAACGCUCUUUUGUAUGUUCUACCCUUUGACAUAAUCAUACAAGGGAUAUGUGAUUUGUUUUUUUUUGUUUGUUUUUUUUUAAUUCACUUUUUGUCUGGAAAAAGACAAAUCCGAAUUAAUCAACUGAUUUAUGCAAUGAAAUCAUGUAAUCGGCUGCCAAGCUGUCACAGGGCGUGGUAACUAUAUUUUAAUCAUUAACGUACAGAAGUCCCAAAUGCAAAUGUAUGCAUAUAAAUAUAUAGAAAUCAUAGUCUUGAAAUAUUUUAAUGGAAAGCAUGAUGACAGAUGGGGACUUAAUGAAUUUAUAGCCUUGUCCUUGUUGUAAACAAUGACAAAAAAAAGUGUCUGUUCACGUCUCAUUGGCUUCAGUGAGCGAUCAGGUUCAAGCCAUCAGGUGCAUUUUAAGGUUUUCUACUAAUUUUAACUCCAGUCAUGAGAAAGUAAAAGUCCAUUUAGGCCACAGAAGCACCCAUCUGUGUGUACACAGUGUGAUCGUUUCCAUGUGGGGUGGUGGGCAUGGGGAGACGGUUUGUCAG